AUGUCUCGUGUGUUGAAACUUGAAGAUCCACAAGGAGAGAAUGAACCACUCGAAACACCAUGUUUUGUUGUUCCAACAGAAAUGGGUCUAAUUCCAAACAUUACACCAGAUUUAUCCGAUAACUUUCCACUAUUUUACUACGCAGGUGAUUUUUAUAAAGCAGCACUUCCAAAAUCAGUAAAAGCCAGUGAUGCCCUCGGAUUUACAAAGCGCUGGAUAUUCUUUGGCCCAGCUGCAGACUUCUACAACUUCGAUGAAGGACCAAGUAAAAAAGGAGUUCGUUUAUAUCAGCGCAACAGUAAUCUAAUCGUUGUUAGUAAGGAAGAUUAUGAAAAUAUGGUCAAUUAUGUUAAGCCACAAGGUACUGUUUCUUUAUAUUCACAUCUUCAAGACAACACAACAGGCAGACAGAAGAAUUUGAGAACAACAACAAACAAAGAAUUCGCAACAGAAUAUCCAAAGACUCUCAACUUUACAGUUGCUACAGCAGAAAAACCAGAAACUGGAUUUUUCGCUCAAUAUCCUAUUUUCUCUGAGAAAGAAGCAGAAGCAGUCAAAGAGAUAUUAGCUACUAGGAACCAAGAUGCCCCUAGAAUGCUCUAUUGCGAUGGACAUCCAACAGAUAUUCGCCGCGCGAUUGAUACAGGUUUUGACAUCAUUGUUGCUCAAUAUCCUACAUAUAUGGCUACACACGGCUACGCUCUGAACUUUGAUUUCGAGCGCGGUAAAGAAGGAGAGAGUUUAGGCCUAGAUUUAAGAUCAAGAGAGUUUGAACACGACCACAGACCACUUGUCGAAGGAUGUGACUGCAUAUGCUGCAGAAACCACUCCAGAUCUUAUUUACACCAUCUUUUGAACGUUCAUGAGAUUUUGGGCCAAGUUUUCCUUUCACAGCACAAUUUGUAUCACUACAGAAGAUUUUUCGAAUACAUCCGUAAGGAACUUUCACAAUAG